CAGGGAAGCAGCCACUCCGAACUUUCGCAGGAACCUUGCGGCGCCGCGUCAAUCCACACAACAACAGACAUCGAUCGCUUCUGCUCUUCCGCCGUCGCCAUGUUGUCAGGCCUCGCAAACCCGCGGCAAGCUGCCGUCCAGCUUAUGAACUUUGGCCUGAUCCUGUCAACUGCAUUCAUGAUGUGGAAAGGUAUUUCGGUUAUCACAGAUUCCCCGUCCCCGAUUGUCGUCGUCCUGUCCGGUAGCAUGGAGCCGGCCUUUCAGCGCGGCGACCUCUUAUUCUUGUGGAACCGCAAUGUGUUGGCCGAAACCAGCGUUGGGGAGAUUGUUGUGUACAAUGUGAAGGGCAAGGAUAUCCCCAUCGUGCACAGGAUAGUCAGGAAAUUUGGAAAGGGACCUGAAGCGAAACUGCUCACAAAGGGAGAUAACAACGUCUCGGACGACACAGAGCUCUACGCAAGUGGACAGGAUUACCUGGUUAGAAAAGACAUUAUCGGGAGCGUUUUUGCCUACAUUCCUUUUGUCGGCUAUGUCACCAUUCUCUUAUCCGAGCACCCAUGGCUCAAGACUGUCAUGCUCGGACUGAUGGGUUUGGUGGUGGUUUUGCAGCGUGAAUAGCCAAGUUUGAUUAUAGCAUAAUUCCCUUCUCGAACAACGAUCGAUGCUACCUUUGUUUUCUU